AUGUUCCAUGGCAUGCAUGCUGCAUUGCUCUCAGAGGACGUUCUGAAGAGUAUAGCCGCGGAGUGGGCGUCGGCUGCCAAUGCAGCGUCAUGGCAAACGCGCAGUGUUUGCAGCGAGAUGUUGGGCAUUGAGUGCAAGGAUGGCUACGUCACAUCCAUGACUGUCAGUAAUCAACCUCUCUGGAAUCCCAUUCCCACUGCCAUCAGCGGCUUACAGCGCCUUGAAACACUCACUCUGAUUGGCUGCAACUUAGUAGACUCGCUGCCACGCGCCCUCUUUACAUUAAGCCGUCUUACUAGCCUGGUUCUGUCCAACAACUCCCUAUCUGGCUCUAUUCCUUCUGACAUCAGCAGGCUGAGCAAUCUGGAAUACCUUGGAGUGGAAGUGAAUAGCUUGUCGGGUUCAUUGCCAAGGGAAAUGUCAACUUUAAAGAAGCUUAAGGACAUGAGAGUAAGCAGCAACGUCUUCAAUGGAUCGUUUCCACAGUUCAUUGCCUCAUUCACUAACCUCUCCAUCUUGUGCCUGGACAACAACAGGUUCUCCGGAUCCCUGCCUGCUUCUCUUCCGCAGCUGCAAAGACUCACACGACUGCACCUGGACUCCAACCGCUUUCAAGGAAGCAUCCCAUCCUUUUUAGGGAAUGUGUCAGAGCUUCGAUAUUUGUUGCUAGGCGUGAAUGACUUCAACGGCACCAUCCCCUCAUCACUGGCGAACCUCAAGAAUCUGGAGGCCCUUUCCCUCCGUGACUUGCGCGUGCAUGGUCUGGUGCCUCCCGCACUCUCCUCACUGCAGAGGCUUUGGUACCUGGACUUGUCUUCCAUGUCUCUGUCAGGACCGUUGGCACCCAUGGUCAACCCGCUGACCAACCUUGAGAAGCU